GAGAGUGAAAGGACAGUGCAGUUUCCAGUUUCUCUCACCCACCGCAAUGGCUCUGCCUCUGAGGUCCUUGAGUCGGGGCUUGGCAAGUGCAGCAAAGGGAGACCACGGAGGGGCAGGAGCCAGCACCUGGCGCCUCCUGACCUUCAUGCUGGCACUGCCAAGCGUGGCCCUCUGCACCCUCAACUCCUGGCUCCACAGGGGCCACCACGAACGCCCGAAGUUUAUCCCCUACCACCACCUCCGUAUCCGCACCAAGCCCUACUCCUGGGGAGACGGCAACCACACCCUUUUCCACAAUCCCCGUGUCAACCCUCUGCCCACUGGCUAUGAACAGCCCUGAGGCCCAGGCAGAUGCCACCAGGCGCAAUAAAGGGGUGAGAUACAGAAAUACUUAUGGACUUAGGGACAACUCUCCUGCGGAGGGGCCUUCAUCCUGCCUCCCUCCAGGCUUCUGAGCCUCCCACACAGCACCAAAGAUUUAGCAUUAGGAGCCCUCUUACCAGCCUGGCCACUCCUACCACAUAGUCCCUACCUGAGCUCUCAAGAAUGCCUCCUGUCCUGGAAGCUGGGAAUACACGGAUCUGUUGAAUGUGAUUUCAGCCACAUUCACCACCAAUACCUUCUUCUGCAAUGUCUGCAAUACACAGGGACAGAGCUGGGGAAAUAGCCCUAAGAAGAGGCUCAGAGUUUGAGAAAUCUCCUGGCUUGAGGAUGGGCA